AUGGGAGGCCAGAAAAGGAAGUUACCAGCAAUCUGGCGACCUCCCCCAGCCCUCUCACGCUGCUGCCGCUGUCUCUCUGAUACAGGACUAACCCAGCCCUGUAAAGCUCGUGGGCAACAGAAGAUUCAGUCUCAGCAGAGUAAUGCUAAAAAGCAAGCUGGACAAAAGAAGAAACAAGGACAUGACCACAGCUGCACUAUCUGUAAGACACAAAUACCAGACCCUAAGACUUUCAAGCAGCACUUUGAGAGCAAACAUUCUAAGACUCCACCUCCUCCAGAAUUGGCUGAUAUUCACGCAGAAAGUUGUUUAUAG